CAAGAUUGCCGUUUUUAUAGUCUAAAAUGAUUAUCCAAUCAAAUGAGGUCAGAGAUCAUGUGCUAAAUUCUGACCAAUGACAACAGUCGUCUUGACGAUCUUUCGAGGGAGAAGACAUCAUGGCGGAAAAUUUCUAAUAUAAAUAUCUCCCCGGUUUGACAAGAUGGCUAGUGCUUCAACAGAGAAAAUAAAGGCAUUGUUUGAAGACCUUGGUAAACCAACAUUACGUGGUGUGAGGAAAUGUCCUAAAUGUGGGACAUAUAAUGGAACAAGGGGAAUAAGUUGUAAAAAUAAAGCAUGUAAUGUUGUCUUUAAAGAAAAAGAAAAAAAGAGAGGACAUAGUGCAGAUGCUGUAAAAAUCAUAACUGGGUCAACAGGACAAGUUUUUUCAGUAAGAUUAAGAGACCGUGGGCCAGACUAUCGAGGAUUUGUUCAGCUUCCACUUGUACAGGAUUUAGAUGGUAACCCAGCCCCAGUUGUUGACCCAGCAAUUCUGUACCAGGCUGCAAGGUGUUUUGUUGACAGCUGUACUCGUAGUUCUCAACAAGGAAUACAAGAACAACCAUGUCCUCACAUCAAAUCAGCUGUUGAAUGUACAAGUGAGGCAACACCUCUGACAUUGAAAAACUCUGUACUGAACACACUGCAGGUCCCAAAUGAAAUCAAACAGGCAAUCUGGUUAUUGGCUACAGAGACUACUGGACCACUUGUUCAAAGGGUUACUAAAAACAUAAUGGUUGUCAAGUGUAAACCUAAUUCCAAACAGCCUUUAGGAUUUCUACACUUUUCCUUGUUUGAGACAACAAGAAAUAGGGCUUCACCAGAACACAAGUUUCAUUGUUCUUGUAAGGCCUUUAAGUACUCUAAACCUGGUGCUGUAAAUGACUCCCAGAAAAGAUGUGUACACUUCUAUGCCUGUAUAUGUGCAUUUGCCAGUGAUGAAAAGCUUAGUGAGGAGUUUUCCUAUUACAUUAACUUGGACAGCCACGAAGAAGUCCAGCAGGAGUCACCUGAGAGACAGAUAGUUACCAUAUACCAAGCACAGGAUACAGGGUUAGACACGGGUGAUCCUACAACACUGGAGGUUGUUGUCACAGAGGAUGAGUUGUUAGAACCUCCUGGCAAAAAACAGAGGAAGGAUGACCAGUUAGUCCAGGCCAGUAAUGCUCUUUUGACGCUACAGGAAGGAAAUGCAAUACAGAGUCCACCUAGUCCUCGGAAAAUAAGUCCACAGAAAACACAGACUAAAGCUAUCACCCCAAAUAAUAAAAAAGUCCCAGUUCAACAGAUAGAUGAAAGUCAGAUUACUAUAUCAUUUCAUCAGUGGUUGGCUAGUGUUACAGAAAGAAUCAAUCAGACCAUGCAUUAUCAGUUUGAUGGCAAUCCAGAUCCUCUAGUCUUCCAUGCUCCACAAGUGUUCUUUGAAUGUCUUCAGCAGCGAAUAUCUUCAGGGAGUAAAAAGAAAAGACUGCCAAACUUUACAACUGGCUUUGUUAGGAAAGAUGCAUUGCCUUUAGGAAUGUUUACAAAAUACACAUGGCAUAUCACCAAUCUGUUUCAGGUUAAAAUGAUAUUUGAUACCCCAGAGAUGUCUCUGGAUAUUACAAGAAACUUUGUAGAAAAUCGAGAUGGAACUUAUGACUUGUAUGAAGUGCCAAAGGUUGAUGUAGAGAAUGUGGAAGAUGGAAAAGCUAACAAACAAAUGCCUAUCAGACCAUUUGAAUUAAAAACCUAUCUCAAAGUUGGUGCUGAAUCACCAGACCAAAAAGAACCAACACCUUUUAUUAUUGAAUGGAUACCUGAUAUACUUCCAAAAUCCAGAAUCGGGGAAUUACGUAUAAAGUUUGAAUAUGGACAUCAGAGAAAUGGUCUGGUAGAACAUCGAAUGAUUCCACAAGAGAUACCUUUACAAACAAUUCAUGUUCAAGAAUUCAAUUAGACUAUCUAAAUAUAUUUUUAAUUUUGGUUAUGGAAUAUAAGCUUUAUGGCUUAGAUAUAAGUUCUGUCAUUUUCAACUGUUAACAAUAUCAUAUGGUUAAUGUUAUCAAUUAUAUUAGUAAAUAGUUUUUCAAGCUUAAAACAUGAAAAAAGUGACAUGAAUAUAUAGAACAGGCUGGCCAAUGAAAAAUUUGUCAUUAACUUAUUUUGGAAUUGUCCACUGUCUGUAUCUGGUUGUGGUGGGUUUGGUCUCUUUGGUAUAAAUUAACAUUAUACCUAGUAAACAAAUAACAUGCAAAUUGUCAUAGAUGAUGUGAGGGUAACAUGUUCAAAAUAAAUUGUGAAUGGCAAAGUGCUGCAUCGCAUGUAAAAAAGUUAGAAAUAAUUAUUUCUUUGAAUUUCUGGGAAAAUGUCAUCCUUUAUCAGCUUUUGCAUGCAUAUACUGUUGAAGAAUUUGGAAAUAUUGAGAACUGAAUAAGAAAUAUUUACAAAUAGAUAGAAGCAUGUUACUUUUUUUUAAAUGGAAUAUGAUAUUGAAUAAGAUUGAGAUAUCCAAGGGUUUGUCAUACAAAACAUGAUUCCUACAGAGGAAGUAUUAAAGCCAACAUAAAAUACAAAUAUGUAUAGUAAACUGUUACCAUUAUCUGACAGCACUGUAAUAUAUUUGUACUGAUGGCAAAAUGUUAUGAACUUAAAAACAACAGUAAUGGUUUUUAAGUUGCAAUGGUUUUAUUUAAUAGAAAAAAAGUUGAUGUGAAGAAUGAAUUAUGCGUAAUGUAUUAAACAUUUUUAGGAAAUACAAGGAAAAAAAAUUGGUCCAAGAUUUAGUGUGCCAGUCAAUAUCAUUUGAGCGUAAAUCAAUGUACAAUAGUUUGAAGGUUCAUCACUUUGUUGAUAAAACUUCAUGUAAAUAGAUUUCCUGUUGAUUUAUUUGACCCAUAUUAGGUCGUUACAGUAUGAAAUAUUAUUUGUGAAUGCUAUGUGUGGCUGCAAGUAACUGUAUGUGUAUAAAUUGACGAAGAAAGACAAUAAUUUAUUUUAGGCAUUUGUGAUGUCCUGUCUUGCACAUAAACAGGAUAUAUAUUAUUUUGAUUAUGUGUUAUGUUGUUAAAUAAAUUUAAAAUACUC